AUGUUUCUGUCAUUUUGUAUUUUCAUAGUUUUUUGUGCUUACACUUCGAGCCAUCCUCGGCUUAUCGAAAAAGAUCAUCUAUCCGUGGAUUUCCCGGUUUGCUCACGCGACUGCUGGGGCGCUGUUCCUUCAAAAGACACAAGACCUCUGAACAAGCCGGUGCCCUACGUCAUUAUACAUCACACCGCUAUUCCGACUGUAUGCAACACCACAACCCGAUGUAUGAGAGAUAUGCGAAGCAUGCAGAAAUACCACAAUUCCUUAGGCUGGGGUGACAUUGGAUAUCAUUUCUGCGUGGGCGGCGAUGGAGUGGCGUACGAAGGCCGCGGGUGGAAUGUCAUAGGUAUUCAUGCUGGACCAGCCAAUAAAUUGAGCAUCGGCAUUUGCCUGAUUGGAGAUUGGAGAGUCGAGACACCUUCAGCUGAGCAGUUGGCUACGACAAAAAAGCUUCUGUCCACGGGAGUGGAAAUGGGAGCUAUUAGCUCCGAUUACAAGCUAAUAGGACACAAUCAGGCUAUGACGACAGAAUGUCCGGGAGGAGCGCUGCUGGAAGAGGUUUCAACCUGGGAUAAUUAUCAUCCUGGACACGUUAAUUUUAGAGAACUAAAUAAACAGACAAAAUUUUGAUUUUGAUUUUAUUUUG